AUUCUACUGUGGAGAGAGAAGCAGCUGGAGCUGAGCCUUGUAUAUUGAGGAUUUCUACAAAGUUUAUUCCUUGUUGUGUGGGCACUCGGUGAGGCAUCAUGGGGGAGCUGUUCAGGAGUGAGGAGAUGACCCUCGCCCAGCUGUUCCUGCAGUCUGAGGCAGCCUACUGCUGCGUCAGUGAACUGGGAGAGCUGGGAAUGGUUCAGUUCCGCGACUUGAACCCGGACGUGAACGUGUUCCAGAGGAAGUUUGUGAACGAGGUGCGCCGCUGUGAAGAGAUGGACAGAAAGCUGAGGUUUGUGGAAAAAGAGAUUCGAAAAGCCAACAUUCCAACCGUGGACACGGGGGAGAAUCCUGAAGUGCCAUUCCCAAGAGACAUGAUUGACCUUGAGGCCACCUUUGAGAAACUGGAGAAUGAGCUGAAGGAGAUCAACACUAAUCAGGAGGCCUUGAAGAAGAACUUUCUGGAACUGACGGAGCUGAAGCACAUCCUCAGGCGUACGCAGCAGUUCUUUGAUGAGAUGGAGGAUCCCAACCUGCUGGAGGAGUCCUCUUCCCUGCUGGACCCAAGUGAAGCAGGCCGUGGCGCCCCCCUCAGACUGGGGUUCGUUGCCGGGGUGAUAAACCGUGAGAGGAUUCCGACCUUUGAGAGGAUGCUGUGGAGAGUGUGUCGCGGAAAUGUCUUUUUGAGGCAGGCAGAGAUCGAGGAUCCCCUUGAGGACCCAGCAACGGGAGACCAAGUCCACAAAUCUGUCUUCAUCAUCUUCUUCCAAGGAGACCAGCUGAAGAACAGGGUGAAGAAGAUCUGUGAGGGGUUCAGGGCGUCGCUCUAUCCUUGCCCGGAGACGCCGCAGGAGAGGAAGGAGAUGGCCGCUGGGGUCAACACCCGCAUCGACGACCUCCAAAUGGUGUUGAACCAGACAGAGGACCAUCGCCAGCGAGUCCUGCAGGCGGCGUCCAAGACCAUGAGGGUGUGGUUCAUCAAGGUGAGGAAGAUGAAGGCCAUCUACCACACCCUGAACCUCUGCAACAUCGACGUCACGCAGAAGUGUCUCAUCGCCGAGGUCUGGUGCCCCGUCUCCGACCUGGACUCCAUCCAGUUUGCCCUCCGCAGGGGAACGGAGAGGAGUGGCUCCACCGUCCCGUCUAUCCUCAACAGGAUGCAGACCAAGCAGACUCCUCCCACCUUCAACAAGACCAACAAGUUCACCUCUGGCUUCCAGAAUAUCGUUGAUGCUUACGGCAUUGGCACCUAUCGUGAGAUUAAUCCAGCCCCCUACACCAUCAUCACCUUCCCAUUCCUGUUUGCGGUGAUGUUCGGAGACAUGGGCCACGGCGCACUGAUGACCUGCGCUGCCCUCUACCUGGUCAUCAGGGAGAGCCGUCUCCUCUCCCAGAAGAGUGACAACGAGAUGUUCAACAUGGUGUUUGCUGGUCGAUAUAUCAUCCUGUUGAUGGGGAUCUUCUCCGUCUACACUGGGGUCAUCUAUAACGACUGCUUCUCCAAGUCCCUCAACAUGUUUGGCUCUGGCUGGAGUGUGAGGCCCAUGUUUGGACCCAAGGGAGCUAACUGGUCGUUCGACACGCUGGACAACAACGCAGUCCUGCAGCUCGACCCAGCCAUACCAGGUGUCUUCGGGGGCCCCUACCCGCUGGGCAUCGACCCCAUCUGGAACAUCGCCACCAACAAGCUGACCUUCCUGAACUCGUUCAAGAUGAAGAUGUCCGUCAUCCUCGGGGUCGUCCACAUGCUGUUUGGGGUCUCGCUCAGUCUCUUCAACCACCUGUACUUCAAGAAGCCUCUGAACAUCUUCCUGGGCUUCAUCCCAGAGAUCGUGUUCAUGAGCAGUCUGUUUGGCUACCUCAUCCUCCUCAUCUUCUACAAGUGGACAGCCUACGAUGCCACGACCUCCAAAGAUGCCCCUAGCCUCCUCAUUGCCUUCAUCAACAUGUGUCUGUUCAAUUACAAUGAUCCCACCAACAAACCCCUGUAUCGAGGACAGACAGGGAUCCAGGUUCUGCUGGUGUUGAUAGCUCUGGCCUGUGUGCCAUGCAUGCUGGUGGUGAAGACCCUGGUGCUGCGUCGUCAGCACCUCUGGAAGAAGCACCUGUCCCAGAUGAGGGAAGCAGGCCCCGCUGAGAAUCUAGAAACUUUAGAGCAGACAGGCACGACCUCACCCACCGGACUCACCCAACAGGGCACGCAGAAAUUCGGAGGGGUGCGGGUCGGCAACGGGCCCACGGAGGACGAGGCCGAGAUCAUCGAGCACGACCAGCUCUCCCAGCACUCCGAGGAGGGAGACGAGCACGCUGAGGAGGAACCGUUUGACUUUGGGGAUAUGGCAGUGCAUCAGGCCAUUCACACUAUAGAGUACUGCCUGGGCUGCAUCUCCAACACAGCAUCCUACCUGCGCCUGUGGGCUCUCAGUCUGGCACAUGCCCAGCUGUCGGAGGUGCUGUGGGGCAUGGUGAUGCAUCUGGGUCUCUCCUCGCGCAGUGGGGGCGGAUUCUUUGGCCUGACCAUCAUUUUCUCGGCCUUCGCCACGCUCACCGUGUGUAUCCUGCUCAUCAUGGAGGGGCUCUCUGCAUUCCUGCAUGCUCUGCGUCUGCACUGGGUGGAGUUCCAGAACAAGUUCUACGUGGGACAGGGCUUCAAGUUCGUGCCCUUCUCCUUCGAGAGCAUCCUGGAGGGCCGCUUCGACGAAUGAGGACUCUGCGGCGCUGGAGAAUAUCAGCUGUCCCAGUAGACGCCUCUGCAUGCUCUCUCCCAGUCAGCCGUCCUGUGGUGUACCCAGUGGAGCCUCUUGUGAAAUGUGUGUGUGUGUGUGUGUGUGGAUGGAUGGGUGUGUGUGUGUGUGUGUGUGUGUGUGUGUGUGUAUAUUUGUGCGUGCUCUCUCCCGGUAGUUUGGAGCUGUUCACGGUAACCCCUUGACCUGCAGACACCCCCGCCGUCGGUCAUUUUUGCCAGAUGUUUGAGAUGUUCGGUUUUCUGCGAUCUCUCCUGCUGAUCCCUCUCUCGUAGACACACAUGCUGGUCAGUGUUUGGUGAAGUGUUUGGCAGGAGGAUUUGAAAUGAAAAGUGGACAUGCAAGGAGAAAACAAAGUUACGCUUUAACAUGACCCAGGUCAUGGAGGAGAUACCACUGGAAAUAUUUGGGAUUCUUCAAAAGGGGUUUAGAUCAUUCCUCCCACUCAUCUAGUUAAUAACUCAGCCAAUCAGAUCCUGGGAUCCCGCAUGAUGAAAGGCCCGACAAGGGUGAGUUAGUGCACCUCGCUAGUCUGCUCACUUUUAAAUGAGCUCUGGUCUUGGCAGAGCGGGUCAUGUUGUUCUUGAAUCGUGCCGUGUUUUUUUGGGGUCCUGGAAAACCGCAUGAUUCAUCCCACUGUGCGGGAACGAGGGUAACGACAGAUGGAACGGAAGAGGCCGCAACAGAGUGCCAGUAGACAGAUUAGAGCGUCCAGCGUGUAGAGGUCCGCGCUACCAGUGUGUGUCGCCUGACAACAGAAUGGGAUGGUAACGGCGACAGUCACACUAACACAUAUGCAGUGUCAGGGAUUCCCCCUCCUGAUUCACUUUUUCCUGCCGUUCCUUGCCAUUGUGGUUCUUCACAGACUGUUACUGUUGGAUAGAUGCACAGCUGGGGAGGGUGUGGGGGGGGGGGAAUCAAAGCAGAUGUUUCCUUUGUCAAAGGUAUUACCUAAUUGCAAUGGAGUGUGGUGCCUGUGCAUGUCUGUGAGAGGAUCUACAUGACAUGGUGUGUGUUGGGGCAGGAUCGCUGGCAGGGCUGGGGUAAUACACACCUGCCUAAUAGUGAAAGGAGCGAGUCUGACCUGUAGCAGUUUUCCAUUAGACCCGCAAAGCUGUUCAGAUUUCAAAGAUUGUGCCAGCUCCGUUUUUUUGGUCAUUUGCAGUAACAGUGCCCUCUAGUGGGCACAUUCAAUACAGACAUGAUACUCCAGGUGGGCAACUGACUCUGGUAGUCUGGUAGUCUCACUGACAUAUCUGGAAUCUAGAAGUGAGCCUAAUGCAUCUUGACAUAAUGAUAUAGGGCAGUUUUUUUUUAGCAGUUUUGCCAGGCAAUUACAGAACUGGGCCCUAUGGCUGUGACUGGCUGAUGAAAGGUAUCCAGGAAGAUAUGUCCCUCAUCAUCUAAGGGGAAGUAUAAUAACAUCAUUCUUAUAAGCAUUGCUCAAUGUAGUUCCUCUGUGUAUCAUCCCCUUUAUAUGUGGAGGAAACAGAUACCUAAAACAUACAGGUUAGAUGAAGACAUAGCAGGUGUGCAUAACAGGUCUUUUACUUCACACACAUAUGGCCAUCAAGAGACACUGAUCUCAUGCAAUCAUAUCUAUUAGCAUACAACACAGCGCACAUUAUAGUGAUGGUGUAAUAGCCCUGAAUAUCUGAUGGGGGAGUUAGGAGAUUGUGUAAUUGUUGACAAGUUCCUGUGACAAGUCAUUUUGUUGUACAUUUAGAUUAAGGUAGUGUGAAUUCCCUCUGUCGUGGCGGUUUUUAGCAGUUCUCAAUAAGACAACAUAUCUAAUCAUGUGAAAUGUGGUAGAUGUUUUUUUAUUGUCCCUGCUUCUGUUUACAGAGUGAUACGAUAUGUUUGUAUUUUAAGUCGGCGUGAACAUUGAAGGUGAUGACUUGUCACUGGUGUUCCUGCAGACAUGUGUGAGUGUGUGUGUGUGUGUGUGUGUGUGUGUGUGUGUGUGUGUGUGCAUGUGUGUGUUGUUGCAAGAGGGGACCUCCCUGAAAAUGGAAGACAUUGUGACAUGUUCUGACUCCAGUUUGCACUUUGUUGUACGGUGUGUGUUUUGCUCUGUCCUUUGUGAAUCACAAACUGUUUGUGAACCCUCUCAAUAAACUACAGCUGCUGGGACAA